AUGGCAAGCAUUGCAUUCCCGGAGUUUGCCAAACUCCAAACUCUCUCAACUUCCCAUACCUAUGAUUAUGUCUACCACGCCGCAGCUCCUUCACGAGCAACCAUCCUCUUCCUGCACGGGUUCCCGUCUUCCUGCUAUGACUGGCGCCACCAGAUCCACCAAUUCAUCGAACUGGGGUAUGGAGUCCUGGCGCCAGAUCUGCUGGGGUAUGGCGGCACCUCGAAACCAACCGGGGUGGAGGAGUAUAAGCUCAAGAGUAUGGCGAAAGAGAUCAUCGAAUUACUAGACCACGAGGGUCUGACACGGGUCCAUGCCGUGGCGCACGAUACUGGAUGUAAUCUCCUAUCAAGACUAGCAGAUUAUUACCCCAACCGGCUACUGUCAUGCACGUUUAUCGGCGCCCCGUACUCAAAGCCGGGAGAGCAUUUUGACUUGGGCAUGGUAAACAGGUUUACAAAGCAGUUGUUGGGAUUCGAGAAGUGCGGGUAUAUAGGAUUUUUCAUCGAGGAUGAGGCAGGCAGUACUUUGGAUCAGCAUGCUGACUCGUUCUUCUCGCUGUUCUACCCCGACAGCUCAGACUUGUGGGCUGAGCAUCUUGGACCUGUAGGCGCCGCAAAGGCAUGGCUCCAGAAUGAUAAGCAAGGUCCUUUAGCGUCCUAUGUCAGCGACGAGGAACGAACUAUGCACAACAAGAUCUUGCAAGGCCACCACAAGCCAGCCCUCAACUGGUACCACGCUCUUGUCAAGAAUGUGAACAAGGAUGACGAGGUCGAAGCAAACCUCUGUGCCAAACUAAAGAUGCCAGUUCUCAUGAUCGGCCCACAGCCGAACAAGUUUGAGAUACCCGGGUUCCUUGAACAGAUGAAGGACGUCGCCGAGGACUUCACCCUCAAGCGAGUGAGUACGACAAGUCACUGGAUACAGCUGGAUGCAAGGGAAGAGCUGAAUGCUAUUCUUGAAGCUUUCUUUGCACGUCCUGACUUUGCUGGUAAAAUGUAG